AUGAAUAUCUUUAAACAAACUUGUGAUUCGUUGAACUUAGAUUGGAAAAAUCAUCUUGUUGGUCAAUCGUAUGAUGGUGCUGCCAAUAUGAGGGGUAAUUAUAAUGGACUUCAAAGUUUAAUCAAAGACAUUAAUCCUCACACUAUUUAUGUAUGGUGUUGGGCACACCGAUUAAACUUGGUGAUUACUGAUGUCGUAAAUUCAGGAGUCAAUGGAAUGGAUAUGUAUAAUAAGAAACAAAUUCGUCGAAUAAAACGUGUUACAACUACACGAUGGAUGUCGUUUUUAUAUGCACUGGACGUGGUUUUGAGUACAUAUUUGGCUGUAUUAGACACAUUAGAAACAAUGCGAAAUAAAGAUGGACUAGGUGAUAGAAAAAGUGGAUUUAAAGCUGGAGCUAUACUUGAUUAUUUAAAAACUUAUCGUUUUGUAUGGACAGCUUUGAUAUUAAAAAAAUUGUUUGAUAUACUAUCACCAACCAGUUCAAUAUUACAAAGCAAAGAUCUAGAUCUUAUGUUAGCUGUUUCAAUGAUUGAACAAAAUAAAAUAAAAAUAUCAAUACUUCGAUCUGAUGAGAGUUUUGAAAGUUUAUCUCAAGAAGUAGAUGCUUUUGUCUUAGAACAAGCUGAUGAAAAUGAAGAAUUCAUUCAACUUCCCACUCCUCGUUUACAAAAGAAGAAAAAAAUGUCUGGUGAACUUUCAGAUAAUGAAGUUAUUUCAGAUCCUAUUCAAAACAUAAAAGUGAAUACAUAUUUUUCUGCAAUAGACAUAGUACUAAGACAACUAUCAAAACGUUUUAGAAAUAAAUCAAUUAGUGUUUUUAAAAAUCUAUCACUUCUUACAAAAGCUUUACCAAACAACUUACAUAUAAAAUAUAAAGAAAUAUUUGGGAGUGAAUCUGAACAUGAAAGCGAUGAUGGAAAUGACGAAGAAGAUAAUAAUUCAGAAAAUAUUGCAUCAAACAUUAAAAACAAUUUAGGAAGAUUGACGUUACCGAUAACUACUGCUAGUCCUGAAAGAGCGUUUUCCAAGCUGAAAAUAGUGAAGAAUCGACUUCAUUUUACUAUGGGACAAGAGAGAUUACAAGGAUUAAUUAGAAUAACUCGUGAAAAAGAUAUAAUUGUAAAUUAUGAAAAUAUCAUUGACACCUGUGCAUCUAAAAGUCUUCAUCUACUAAAAGCAUUAGUAUUAUAG